GAGACCGCGGAUCUACGCAGGCGGCGUCCGCGCCUCCUCUCCCCGGCCGGCCCUCGCGCCCUCUCGACCGCCGGGGCCGUCUGCAGCCUCCCGCCGCUGCCGCCUCAAGGUCGGCGGCGCCGCUGCUCGUCUUCCAGGAGUGGAAGUUUUCCUGGGUUGUUGAAAAUGAGGAGACCGACAAAGGAGUAAAAUAGAGAACUUCAGGAGUUGUGGUAGAAGUUUACGUGGUCAAUGUGAAGGAAAGCCUAGCUGAAGUGGUGCAUCCACAUGUACACUGUGUUCUGGAGCCUCAAAGCAACCCUAUGAAGUGGGUGGGAGCGUGUGUGACUGUUAUCGUUCUACCUAAUUUGCUGAUGACAAAACUGAGCUUUGGAUGACUUGUGACGUGUUCACGGGCAUAUACGUGGUGUUUUGGACACCCUCAAUAUUUGCCUCAUCUUUUCUAGUCAAACCUGAUUCAUGAAAUGGACUAAAGCUGAAAAAUCAUCUGCUUCUUUGUCUGUGAAUUUGAGACACGAUUGGGAUGGUCUUCAGUGCAUACAACUAGAUUCAAACUGCAGCUAUGAGUUCAGAUGAGAAGGGCAUAUCCCCUGCUCAUAGAACAUCCACCCCCACCCAUAGAAGUGCCUCCUCUUCGGCAUCCUCUCAAAGGGACAGUAGGCAGAGCAUCCACAUACUGGAGAGGACUUCUUCCUCUAGCACUGAACCCUCUGUAAGUCGGCAACUGCUGGAACCGGUCCCCCUCUCCAAGGAAGCUGACAGCUGGGAAAUUAUAGAAGGGCUGAAAAUAGGCCAAACCAAUGUCCAGAGACCAGACAAACAUGAAGGCUUUAUGCUAAAGAAGAGAAAAUGGCCUUUAAAGGGCUGGCACAAGCGUUAUUUUGUCCUGGAUAAUGGAAUGUUAAAGUAUUCAAAGGUACCACUUGAUAUUCAAAAAGGGAAGGUCCACGGAAGCAUCGAUGUCGGACUCUCUGUCAUGUCAAUUAAAAAGAAAGCUCGGAGAAUAGACCUUGACACAGAAGAACACAUCUAUCAUUUGAAGGUGAAAUCCCAGGACUGGUUUGAUGCAUGGGUCUCCAAACUGCGCCAUCAUCGAUUGUAUCGGCAGAAUGAAAUUGUGAGAUCACCACGAGAUGCUAGUUUUCACAUAUUUCCUUCAACCUCCACAGCUGAAUCCUCACCAGCUGCUAAUGUUUCUGUUGUGGAUGGAAAGGCGCAGCCAAACAGCUUUCCAUGGCAGUCCCCUUUACCAUGCGGUAGCAGCCUCCCUGCAACCUGCACGACCGGGCAGAGCAAAGUGGCAGCCUGGCUACAAGACUCGGAAGAAAUGGACAGGUGUGCAGAAGACCUUGCACACUGCCAGUCAAACCUUGUGGAACUUAGCAAGCUCCUGCAGAAUUUGGAAAUACUUCAGAGAACUCAGUCAGCGCCUAACUUUACUGAUAUGCAGGCUAACUGUGUAGAUAUUUCAAAGAAAGACAAGCGGGUCACAAGACGAUGGAGAACAAAAAGUGUCAGCAAAGAUACAAAAAUACAGCUGCAGGUUCCUUUCAGUGCUACCAUGUCCCCGGUUCGCCUGCAUUCCUCCAACCCCAACCUUUGUGCAGAUAUUGAAUUUCAGACUCCCCCUAGCCAUCUCACAGACCCUCUGGAAAGUUCAAUGGAUUAUACAAAGCUUCAAGAAGAAUUUUGUCUAAUUGCACAGAAAGUGCAUUCUCUUUUGAAGUCAGCGUUUAAUAGCAUAGCUAUAGAGAAGGAGAAGCUUAAGCAGAUGGUUUCUGAGCAGGAUCACAAUAAAGGCCACAGCACGCAGAUGGCACGGCUCCGACAGUCACUGUCUCAGGCACUCAACCAGAAUGCUGAACUAAGGAGUCGGUUGAACAGAAUACAUUCAGAAUCUAUUAUUUGUGAUCAGGUUGUCAGUGUAAAUAUUAUUCCUAGCCCUGAUGAGGUUGGUGAGCAAAUCCAUGUCAGUCUCCCCCUGUCACAACCAGUAGCCAAUGAGAGCCGCCUCUCCAUGUCGGAGUCUGUCUCUGAGUUCUUCGAUGCCCAAGAAGUGCUCCUCUCUGCAAGCUCAUCAGAGAAUGAGGCUUCAGAUGAUGAGUCAUACAUCAGUGAUGUGAGUGAUAAUAUAUCUGAAGACAACACCAGUGUUGCAGACAACAUUUCUCGGCAAAUCUUGAACGGGGAGCUUACAGGAGGAGCCUUCCGAAACGGACGUCGAGCACGCCUGCCAGCUCCCUGUCCUGACACCAGUAACAUUAACCUAUGGAAUAUCUUAAGGAACAACAUUGGUAAAGACCUGUCUAAAGUCUCCAUGCCUGUGGAGCUAAACGAGCCACUCAACACUCUGCAGCAUCUCUGCGAGGAAAUGGAGUAUAGUGAGCUUCUGGACAAGGCUUCGGAAACGGACAGUCCCUAUGAGCGCAUGGUUCUUAUUGCUGCAUUUGCAGUUUCAGGAUAUUGCUCCACCUAUUUCAGAGCAGGAAGUAAGCCAUUCAACCCUGUCCUUGGGGAGACUUAUGAAUGCAUUAGAGAGGACAAAGGAUUCCGUUUUUUCUCAGAACAGGUUAGCCAUCAUCCACCCAUUUCUGCCUGUCACUGUGAAUCCAAGAAUUUUGUGUUUUGGCAAGAUAUCAGAUGGAAAAACAAGUUCUGGGGGAAGUCGAUGGAAAUCCUGCCUGUGGGAACCUUGAAUGCCAUGCUUCCAAAGUAUGGAGAUUGCUAUGUGUGGAAUAAGGUCACCACAUGCAUACACAACAUCCUGAGUGGGAGGAGAUGGAUAGAGCAUUAUGGAGAAGUAACCAUUAGAAAUACCAAAAGCAGUGUUUGCAUUUGCAAACUCACAUUUGUCAAGGUGAAUUAUUGGAAUUCUAAUGUGAAUGAAGUCCAGGGGGUUGUGAUGGAUCAGGAAGGGAAGGUGGUGCACCGGCUGUUUGGGAAGUGGCAUGAAGGGCUGUACUGCGGUGUGGCCCCUUCCGCCAAGUGCAUCUGGAGACCAGGUUCCAUGCCAACCAACUAUGAGCUCUACUAUGGCUUCACAAGGUUCGCUAUUGAGCUUAAUGAGUUAGAUCCUGUACUGAAAGAUCUCCUUCCACCAACAGAUGCCCGAUUCCGGCCAGAUCAGAGAUUUUUGGAAGAAGGAAAUUUAGAAGCUGCAGCAGCAGAGAAACAAAGAGUAGAGGAACUCCAGAGAUCUCGAAGACGAUACAUGGAAGAAAACAACCUUGAACAUAUACCAAAAUUUUUUAAAAAAGUGAUUGAUGCCAAUCAAAGAGAAGCCUGGGUUUCUAAGGACACCUACUGGGAGCUGCGAAAGGACCCUGGGUUUAGCAAAGUAGACAGCCCUGUUCUUUGGUAAACUGGGAAUAUAGAGCUAGCCAACAUAACACGCUCUGAAUGAAUAAAUAACUAUGCACAAUUAUGUUUCUUAGAGUUCCACGUGGUUUCUGGGUCGACUGAAAACUGACCAUUUGCUUUUCUAUUCAUCUUUAUAAUAGACUUUCAGAAGUGCAUUAGACAAGGCCCCUAACCACUUUCAGAUCCUUUCUGUUUUGCUGCAACCAUAUUCCUUAAAAAACAUCCACACCCUCCUCGAAAAGCAGAAUAAAAGGAGCAGAAUAUAAAAUCCGAGGUCUGAAGAGUCUAUAAAGAAAAACAAACUGUAACUGGUGCUUAAAGCUGAUCCAGAGAGUUUAAAGCAACAUGACAUAUGAACCACGCAUUUGGUCCUUUUCUGGAAGCGCCAUCCCCUCACUGCAGGAGCUCCUGGGCCACAGCAGUCAGCUAGAUGUCGAGUGUGUCUGUUUGAUGUGGUGUACGUGUGCUGGCCUUGUCGAAAAGACGAUGCUUUUUUGACAUCGUGAUGCUUCUCAGAACCUGUUCCAUCUGUACGCCAUUGUUCAUGCCUUAAGAAAUGCAAAGAUGUACAAUAAAUCAUCUUUUAAAUGUGUGCUCCUAGGUUUAUGUGAAGGACAGAUCUUUUGAAUCAUGGCAUGAUUCACUUUCUGGGAUCAGAAGAAUUCUGAGACUAACUCAAAUGGAUUGAAGAAAGUAAACAACCUGUGCUUUACUUUGAUAUAUUGGUUACUGUAUCAUAUGUCUGAAGGGCAAGAAGGAAAAGGCGUGCUAGGUAGAUCUCUGUAUUCAGUUGCUCGUCAGUUUCCUGUCCUGCCUACAGUUAAUAAACCAUCCCUCUUCCACCUAA